UCCCCCUCUCCCCUUGAAGUCCUUUUUUUAUUUCGCUUCUUUUUGCACAUUAUCCUUCAUGGGACGGGAACACCAGAGGGACGUCAGGUGGAGAUAUUGAGCGCGCGCACGCGUCACCUGCCCGCGCACCUUUUUGACAGCGCGCCUGUCAAUUAGCGUCACUAAUUGGAUUAUAUCGAUCUUGAACUCAACCAUCUGCAGGUUGCUCCUCUGCACCUCCUUCUCUCCCCCCCCCCCCCCCCAGCUCCCCUACCUCCCCUAAAGUUAUGUCAAGGCCCCUCGCUCAGCUUCUACCGCCGGAUCUCCCUGCCGGGGCCACCAGCCCCCAGUUUGGGGCCAGUAACCCGGCUGGAAGUGGCCCCCAAGGUGGACACCUGACCUCCAUGACCAACCUGAAGUCCCUGCUCCAGCUGCCAAUCAAGGCCGACCAGAGAGGCACCAAGGACUGCUGCGAGAUGAAAGACAAAGACAAGCCCGUGGACUCUGAUGAGGACUCAGUGGGGGUCAACGCCGGAGGCCCCGCCGGUGCGGGAGGAGCCCCUGCGUCCGGUGCGUUGCGGCCCAACUCCCAGUCGGCCUUCCUGGGCCCGCUGCUGUGGGAGAGGACCCUGCCGUGUGAUGGAGGCCUGUUCCAGCUGCAGUACAUGGACCUGGAGGAGUUCCUGACCGAGAACGGGAUGGGGAUGCACAGCAAUGGGCCCAGCUCCACCAGCGCCCAGAUCCCUUCCCAGAGCUCCCAGUCGGCGGUGCCCAACCAGAGCUCCCAGUGCCCUCCCACCUCUCCUCCGCCCUGCUCCUCCUCUUCCUCUUCCAUGUCCUCCUCGUCCUCCUCUUCCUCGCUGCUGGGACUGGAGACCGUCCAGCCGCAGCCGCCGCCACCGCCGCCACUGCCACCUCAGCAGCAGCCGCCAGGCAUGAUGGGAGGACCUGAGUGUCUACACGGUGGUCAGGCGGUGCCUCAGGACCCGUCACCCACUUCUACCUGCCCUCCGGGACCUCCCGGACCUCCGGCGGGUGCCAACGGCAGCAGCGACAUCAUGGUGAACUUUGACCCCGACCCGGCAGACCUGGCGCUGUCCAGCGUGCCGGGCCAGGAGGCGUUUGACCCGCGGCGGCACCGCUUCUCCGACGAGGAGCUGAAACCCCAGCCGAUGAUCAAGAAAGCCCGCAAGAUGCUGGUCCCGAAUGAGCAGAAGGACGAGAAGUACUGGUGCCGACGCGUCAAGAACAACGAGGCGGCGAAGCGCUCGCGGGACGCCCGGCGGCUGAAGGAGAACCAGAUCUCUGUGCGCGCCGCCUUCCUGGAGCGGGAGAACGCCGCCCUUCGCCAGGAGGUGGCAGACAUGAGGAAAGAGCUGGGCCGCUGCAGGAACAUCAUCAACAAGUACGAGAGUCGACACGGAGACUUGUGAGGAGGAGGAAGAACAACAAGAGGAAGAUGAAGGAGGAAAGGGGCGGGAGGGGAGGAGGAAAUUAGAAAAAGGGUACAAGGCAACCCAACAACAGCAGCACUUUAGUUGAAGUGGCGAAGGGGGAGGAGGCCGACGUAGAUCUGCAGUAAGCGCUGUGCGACACCGGGCGCAAACACGAAAAAAGUGUGUUUUAGUGUGAGCGCUGUGCUUCAGGAUGGCACGACAGGAAAGCACAGCGACACCAUUUUUUCCAGUUUGACUCUCUUUGUACAUGCUGCUCCGUUGAACCCACACAACGUACUGUAUCACACCUUGUGUCACCUCGGCAGCUUUACGUCACCCUCGGUGCUGUGCUUACGGUCGGUGUCGCACGGCGUUUUUGCAGGUAGUGCGUCCCGGCCGCUGCUCCGGGCCAGUUCAAACAGGGUGUUGAAUUCACAUUAUGCCAGUGAAAUCUCACUUUUUAAGCUCAAGGCACGGAUACAAGCCAGGAGAGGUCAGAUGUGUAAUUUUUUUCUAUAAAUAGGACAAAAAAAAAACAUGUAUAUUUUUGAACUGGGCAGGAAGGCAAGACUAGUCCAGCAAAGGGAGGAGGAGGAGGAGGAGGAGGAGGAGGAGGAAGAGGUGCAGGGUUUUCGUCCAUAACGCAAAGAGAUUUUGACAUAGGAUUAUUGUAUAUUUUUCUAUUAGCAGAGAUAGUCAGGAGAAGGAUUUUGGAGAUAAUCUUUUGUAUAUUUUAUAUAUGGGGCGGGGAGGGGCUGUUAGCUGGACAGUCACGGGGCCACACGAAACGCUUUUCCUCCCAGCUGUUUCUUGCUAAACAACAAAUAAUCUAUUUUCGAUCUCACGGAGCUGGUUAGUCGGGAGGCCGAGGAGGCGCAACAGAGAAUGUAUCACGGUUGAAUCAGGUAUUUUACAAGGUGUGAGGCGAGGCCAGGUAUCUUAGUAACGAUUGUUUUUCGGCAUCUUUGGGGCGGGGCGUUAGCAGGAAGACGGUGAAACAAAAAUUGUAUAGAUUUAAGAAAUUUUUGUGUUCGUUUGUUUUUCUUUGUGGGCUCGUUGAAGAACUUGAUUCGUUAUCUUCUAUUUGAUUCCGUGUCUGAUUCUUUUUUUUUUUUUUUUUUGAAUAAUCGCAGGGCUUUUUAUUUUCAAAGGUGAAGGAGAAAAAGAGAGAGAGGAAAGCAAGGAAGUAAUUAGCCAUCAGAACAGCUGGAUGUGAGCAGAUGUUUUUUAAGGAAUAUAAGGUGGAGGAUUUCGCUGGCAGGUUUUUUGCAUUUAGUUUGGUGUCUUGCUCACACACACACACACUCGGACACACAAUUUGUUAACAAUAAUACGACACGGUUGCGGUCUUUCUCUCUCUAUUUACUCCUCGAAUUUGUCCAGGAAGUGCAAAAAUGAAAUACUAACUGGUUUAGGGUUGAUUUGCCCAGAUUGAACAGUGACUGAGACCUUCAGCAUGCAGACACACAGCAAACACACACACACACACACACACACACACAGUCCUCACCCAGGUUUUAACCCUUAUUGUUGUUGUUGAUGUUGUUAUGGACUUCUAUGGUGCUGAUCUGAUUUGAUCCUUCACCUGACGCACACACAAACACACACAAAAACCCCAACCACACACACACGUGCAGACAUACCUACAUCUCAAACACAGUACUGAACUGCCUAUACCCUUUCUUUGUCUUUUAUUCCUUCUUUUUAGUUUAUUUUUCCUUUUUUUUGUUGCAUAUUGUAUCGAUAAAUCGUAUAUAGAUUUACACACAACACUUGUCUAUACCUCUCCUUCAAACUUUACCCAAUGAGAAACGAGAAAUGCACCCUACUGCUACUGUACCAUACAACUGUACUAUUGAAUAUUAAACUAUUCUCUCACUAGAUAUAUAUAUAUGUAUAUGAUAUAUGCUUGAAUUAUGUGAUUAUAGUUGUAAUAUACAUAAUUGAAUAUAUUACAGAGAAACCCAUCUGAAUCAUUUUGUCAGUUUUUUCUCAGGUGUUUUUGUCUGAGGUAUUAAAUACACGUAUUAAAAAAAAAAAAACACGCAAAAAAGUCUUUGAUUGGAUCACAGAAUCUGUGGUUUGUUUUGUUUGUUUUUUUGGGGAUGGGGGGGUAAUAUUUUAUUUUUCUUGUUGCAUUUCAGAGCUGUUGGGAUUUAUUGUUAUGACUCUGUUAAACCCCAGUUUAUUACUAACUCACUACGGGGCAGAAAACGUUCUCCUCAGACCAAGUGACCGUUCACUAAGCUCCGCCCCCUUCAGUUACUGUUGCUACGGCCGUCAAGCUUUCCAUUUUAGUGGCGGUUUUACCUCUCGAAAAUCUAAAUUAUUUCCUUUAAUGUCAGACAGGCAGCUUGUUCGAUCUAGUCCACGAUCUUUUUAUUACCGGCUAAAAUGAGAACUCAACUCCAUCGUCUGAAAUCUCUCCGUUGUUCACUUCAUUCCCUACAUAAUAAAAUCUCCAUUAUUUACUCAAUAGUGAGCAAGAAAUUGAGAUUUUGGAUGAAUUUUGUCAUCACUGACAUCUUUAAAAAUGUAUUGACGCAAUACAGAAAGCAACUUUUUCUAUUUCAUUGUGCAAAUUUAUAUUAAAUAAAUAAAAAUAAAAUUCACUUUCAGAAUUUGGACACCAAUCGGUAACGGGAUUGAUUUUGGACACAGCGACAGAUUAACCAUUAGUAUUCUUUGAAACAAGAGGACCUUGAUUUUAGACACAAGUGGACAAGCAGCCUCUCAUUAGAUUUUAUACAUACAUUAUACAUAUUUUAACAUUUACUCAGCCGUAAACUGUAAAAACGCAGCUGGAGACCGACUCAUAUGCAUAAUGAGAAAUGUUUAAAAGGGUCUUAAACAUGCAUUUAACGGCUACAUGCAUUACAUCAUGCUAAUGUGCUGUAAUGAUGUGUGAUGAGACAGAAAAGAUGGAGAUCAGUUAAUUAAGCAAAACAUUAUUCUGUCUCCGGCUGACCUUUAAUGUUUCCAGGUCGGUGAGACCCCUCUAAAAGGGAUCAUCAAUAUGCACCACAUACAGGCUGUAAUGCUGAAACACUGAGGCUACCACAGGAAGACACGGAGCAGUGUUGCUCUGGUUUUGCUUUAUUGUAUUUCCUUUAAAAAGUUCUAAAUGACUUCUUUAUGUAGUUAACCAUGCUUGCUAAUGUUACAGUUUUUGGAAAGGAGAUUAAAAAAAAGCCCUAAAAGUUGCCGUCGCUGAGCUAUGAUUGGACAGUUGCUGUUUGGGGGAGGGGCUUAGUGAACGGUUUAUUUAGAGAUGGCAACUAAACCUUAUUUAAAGGUUUAAAAGUUCUUGUUGCCUGCUUUACGGUUGCUGGUGUUGUAAUUGCUAUUGUUAUACGUUUCUUUUCAGUUUCAUGCAACAGCUUGUUUUCUUCAAAGUAAGCUGUGAUUUGAUUCUUGCAUAAAUCCCCUUUUGAUUCCCCAGAACAACUUUUCACUUGAUUUCCCAUGAGUUUGCUGUUGGCACCAUCCGCAGACUUAAGUGAACCCCAGGUGUAUUAUGGGAGCUGUAGUUGUAUCCCCGAUAUAUUUACACACUAUAUAUUUUCCUUUUUCUUGUUUGAUUCAUUUUUUUUGGGGGGGGGGGAGGGGGGGGUCUGUUUAAACCUGAUACACAGACAAAAACUUUUGAAUUUAAAUCCCUGGAAGAAAAGUCUCAGAGCUUCUUACGUCUCCAUCUGUUGGUGGAAGAAGAAAGCCAUGUGUUUUUUUCUUUUUUGAUAUCUGGGAUUUUUGAUUCACAGACGUUUCAGAAACUUUUUGACAGUGCUAUUUUUCUAUGUAACUGUGUUGUUGAGCGUGUUGCAACUUUUUCUGGCGGCCGUUUGAGGCCCACUCUUCACAUGGUGGCGGUGACAAUUUACUGCUGUACGAUGAAAACAGCAUUGCGGGUAAUAAUGACAAGAAUAAUAAUGUACACAGCCAUGUUAUUUCUCCUUCAAUUUUGUGGAUUCUCAGAUAACUUCUCCAUGUUGUGACUGUUAUGAACUACAAGUCCCAUGAGCGCAACACUACCCCGACUCCUCACCAGUAUUGUGUGCUGUCCACAGGGAUGAUGGCAUAUGUGUUCUGGCUUCUUUUCCCUCCAAACACCAAUAAAGGCUUAUCCUUACUCACUGA